CAUCUUCUCUUUAUCUCCACACUGCCUGUCAGAAAAGCAUAGAUGGCUCUCUCAGUCACCUUUUUUUUUGUUCUUACAACUCUCCUUCUUAGUCCUCUAGUCUGCAUUGCAGCGACCAUCGGAAAGCUCGACCCAAAGUUUUACGUUCACUCAUGCCCGAAAGCAAAGAAGAUCAUCAAAUCCAUCGUUGCAGAAGCAGUCACCAAGGAAGCUAGGAUGGCUGCUUCUCUUCUCAGGCUUCAUUUCCAUGACUGCUUUGUCAAGGGCUGUGAUGCAUCAGUGUUACUAGACAGCAGUGGAACAAUCAUUAGUGAGAAGAGAUCAAACCCUAACAGGAACUCUGCCAGGGGUUUUGAAGUCAUAGACAAGAUCAAAUCAGCCUUGGAAAAGGAAUGCCCUAACACUGUUUCAUGUGCUGAUAUCCUUGCCAUUGCUGCACGUGAUUCCACUGUUCUUGCCGGUGGACCAAGCUGGGAGGUGCCCUUAGGAAGGAGAGACUCUCUUGGUGCAAGCAUUAGUGGCUCCAAUCACAACAUCCCAGCACCCAAUGACACCCUCCCCACCAUUAUCACCAAGUUCAAGCUCAAGGGCCUCAACCUUGUUGAUCUUGUUACUCUUUCAGGUAGUCACACCAUUGGGCAAGCAAGGUGCACUAGUUUCAGACAAAGGCUGUACAACCAAACUGGGAAAGGGUUCCCAGACACCACACUGAACAUGGUCUAUGCUAACCAGCUAAAGUCCAGGUGCCCAAGGUCAGGUGGAGACCAGAACCUCUUUCCUCUGGACUUGGCUAGCCCAACCAAGUUUGAUAACCAGUACUUCAAGAACAUUGUGGCUGGAAAGGGCUUGCUGAGCUCUGAUGAGAUCUUGUUCACCAAGAGUAAAGCCACCAUGGAACUGGUCAACAAGUAUGCUAAGAGUGUUGACUCUUUUUUCAAGCAGUUCUCAAAGUCAAUGGUGAAGAUGGGGAAUAUUACUCCUCUCACUGGAACCAAGGGAGAGAUUAGGAAGCAUUGCAGGAAGAUUAACAAUUAAAAAUUAAUAUGUCCACUUAAUGGUGCAUAUGCUGCUGCUUGUGUCCACAUAAUUAAAUAAAUAAAUAUAAUUAAUAACUUAAA